AGAUCGCGAAGAAUGGCUACCGCUUUCAUGUUGUUUGCCGGCAGCUCGCGCCGGCUAGUGGCCGAGCUGCGUGACGCCCUGGAUUCCUGCGCCGAGCGACAGCGGCAGCUGGAGCGGAGCCUGCGAGUCUGCCGGCGGCUGCUGCGUGCCUGGGAACCAGCCGAGACCUUGGCUCCGGAGCUAACCCCAGGGCCAGAAACUAAUGAAGAGGCCCCAUCUGCAGCAUGCAUACCCAGCCCGCAAGACCUCAAGGAGCUGGAGCUUCUGACCCAGGCACUGGAGAAGGCUGUACGGGUGCGAAAAGGCAUAUCAAAGGCUGGAGAAGGAGACAAGGCCCCCAGCCUGAAGUCUGGGUCCAUUGCCACUUCCCCUGCCACCAGAGCCUCUGCCCCACCCAGCACCUCACGCAGGGCUGGCAGCCGUGCAUUAGAGACAAAACCCCCCAGGGGCAUCCGCCAAACCAGGGUGCCUGCGAAGGACCUCCCUGAGUGCAGGCUUCUGUCAGUGGGGGAUCAGGCCUGUAUGAGGCAAGGGGCUGGAGUCACCAAGCCUGAAUCAGGCCUCAGGAACGAACAAAUAGUCCUGUCGGCUGCUUCUCAGGCCCCAGAAGCUUUUACACUCAAGGAUAAGGGGAUCCUGCUGCAGCUGCCAGAGGCCUUCAGGAAAGCAGCUUCCUGGAAUUCCUGCCCAGCUGGCUGGAGUAACCAUGUUGCUUUCUGGUUUGUGGGCUGCGCAUGUGUGCAUCCCAGCCUGUGGGCCCAGCUCAGCUCUACACAGACCAGUGAUUCUGUGGAUGCUGUUACCACCGCCAAAAUGCAGUUCCUCCAGAAAAUGCAGACAACUUCAGGCUGGCCUGGCUCCAGGCUCAGUGCCACUGAGGUGGAGGCAGAGGUGCGGCACCUGCAGAAGGCCUGCUUGCUGCUAAGACUUCGAAUGGGGGAAGAGCUCACGUCAGACCCCAAGGACUGGAUGCAGGAGUACCGCUGCCUGCUCACCUUGGAGGAGCUGCAGGCCAUCAUGGGGCAGUGUCUCCACAGGCUGCAGGAGCUAUGCACAGCAGUGGUGGAACAGCAGCUGGGGCCGUGGCCUGAGGGGAGGUUCCCCAGGGCCUCCUUGCCCUGUGGAGGAGGAGCAGACCCUAUCUGGAGCCCCCAGUUGCUUCUCUACUCUAGUACCCAGGAGCUGCAGACCCUGGCAGCCCUCAGGCUGCGGGUGGCCAUGCUGCACCAGCAGAUCCACCUGGAAAAGGUCCUGAUGGCCGAACUCCUCCCCCUGGUGAGCAAGCAGGAGCCGCUGGGGCCACCCUGGCUAGCGCUGUGCCGGGCUGUCCACAGCCUGCUCUGUGAGGGAGGCCAGCACUUCCUCACCAUCCUACGAGAAGAUAAGCCUGCUGACUGAGCCCUUCCCGUGGCCAGGCCCACCCCCAGUCCCCCAGAACCCUGCAGCAAAGGCAGUGUGGCUCUGCCCCUAGCCUGACUGUCAGUGAGAGCCCCCCUUCCCUGGGAGGAAUCAAAUGAAUGGGCAUUGAGGGGAUUUUCACUGGUACAGUGAGCCAGGGGCCUAGAGAUGCCUGUAUCCCCUUAGGAAACCAGGUUUCCAAGGGGCAGGGACUGCCCCCUGGCUCUUCCUGAGGAACUUAGGGCCUUUCUAAUGGCUGCUAAACGUGCUGGUCAGGGCUCAGUUUGGCUUGGCUUUCCACAGGCUCAGGAGACCUGAGACUGGUGGGGGCUUUUCUUAGCUACCUCUGUUUUCUCUUGCUGUACACUUAAAAGCUACUUGUGUGACAUUAAAACUACUUCAGAAAGUUUAUAUAUUUAAAUCAUACCAA